AUGGUGUGGUGUAGUAACUGUGAAGAGAACAGGGAACCCGCGACUCUGGAUGGUAAAAUAUGUUGUUCCUAUUGUGGAAAAGUUCUUUUCGAAGAUAAUAUGUCAACUGAGCCAACUUUCUUUAAGAAUGCUGCUGGACAGAGCCAAUUGUCAGGAAAACUUGUGCGCUCUGUCCAAAGUGAUUAUUCAGUUUCACGUCAAAGAGCAAUAGAUGAAGCAUAUAAUGAUAUAGAGAGUAUGGGAUAUGCAUUAGGAAUUGACGGUGGUGAAUCAAUAUAUAGUCCGGCGUCGCGUCUUUAUACGAUAGCACUUGAGAGGAAUUUCACAAGGGGCCGUAGGAAAGAGCAAGUUGAGGCUGCUUGUCUUUAUAUUACAUGUAGGCAUAACAAUAAGCCAUUCCUACUCAUUGAUUUUUCUGAGUACUUGAGGAUAAAUGUGUAUGUUUUAGGUGCUGUUUUCCUACAGCUUUGCAAACUUCUAAGCCUUGAACAUGAUCCGAUUGUUCAAAAACCUGUGGAUCCUAGCCUUUUCAUUCAUCGAUUCACUGAUCAUAAGAAGUACUAUACAGGAAAUAACAACAACAGGAAGACGAAUAUAUCUAGAACUGCACUUCACAUUGUGGCAAGCAUGAAGCGAGAUUGGAUGCAGACGGGGAGAAAGCCAAGUGGAGUAUGUGGAGCUGCACUUUAUAUUGCUGCUCUUUCAGAUGGACUGAGUUGUUCUAAAUCAGAAAUUAUCAAAGUCGUGCAUAUUUGUGAAGCAACAUUGACAAAGCGAUUGAUUGAAUUUGAAAACACAGAAUCUGGGAGCUUAACGAUUGAUGAGUUAAAUACAAGAGCUCAGGAGCUUGAGAAAGAAGAGAGGCUAACCCUGCAACUUUAUUCCAGGUCAAAAGGAUCUGGGAUCACAGAAGUGCUAUGUGAAAACAAGAAAAGUGUGGAGCUGCCCUUUGCCCAUGGUCUAUGUGAAAGUUGUUACAUUGAUUUUGUAAAACUUUCAGGUGGGAUUGAUGGAGGAUCUGAACCUCCCGCCUUCCAACGCGCUGAGAAAGAAAGAUUAAUGGCAAAGGAAGCUGCUGAAGACCCAAAUUUUCCCAUGUCCAAUCAGGUGGAGAACAAUGGCCGCGAGUAUUUGGAGCCUGAAAAGGGAGAACAAGUGCAGAUAUCAGGCUCUGAGCAUAAUGCGAGUUGUGAUACAUUACAUGGCACGGAAUGUAUGGGUCCUGAUAAACUGAUGAAUCAAGAGGAGAAGCAUUACAAAGAGAUCAUUUGGGUAAAAAUGAACUGGGAAUAUGAGGAACAAGCAGCUAAGGAAGCAGCUGCAUUAGCUGCACAGAAGGCUUACGAGGAGUCCAUUUUAGCUAACUGUUCCGAAGAUGUGCAAGCUGCACAGAAGCUUGCUACUGAUGCUGCCGCCGCUGUUGCAAAAUCAAGAAAGGAAAAACGAGAGAAAAGGGCUGCAGAACUGAAAAACUCCGGUCCUGCUCAAACCGCUGCAGAAGCAACGAAGCAAAUGUUAACUAAAAAAAGGCUGAGCUCUAAGAUUAACUAUGAUUUGCUAGAGAAGCUUUUCGAUGAAACUGCAAUACCUGAGAAUCCAAAAAAGGUCAGGAAGGUGGAUGAUUCAACGGAUGAUAACGUGGUAAAGAUCAGCAAAAUUGAUCCGGAAGUAGAAGAGACUAAUGAAGAAGCAUUUGGCGAGCAUCUGCAGUAUGAUGGAGAUGACGGAGGAUAUGACUAUGAUCAACAAUAUGAUUAUGAUGAGUAUUGA